AUGGGCGAUUUCCGCGGCUUUAUCCACGGAUUAGUCGGGGCCACCCGCCGGAUACUGUGCGACACGUUGUGCGUGAGCGAUUGCGAGUCCAUCCCCAGAUUCCGUGGCACGCCAUUGGCCAGUGGGGCCCAUGUGGAUCAACGAUCGGUUACAGGCCGAGCCGGCUGUGCAGGGGCGAUUUACUAUACACUGUUAGCCACGGCGGCUAUAUAUGCCCAAGGUGGCGCAGUAGUGCAGCAGGUGGCUCGAUUCAAGGAGAAAUUAGCCGUGUUGGUGCAUGUAGUGUCCGGACAGCUAGCACGCGCACCCAAGUUGUUAAGUAUCCAGCAGGUAAAUACAGCGACCAAUCAACAGCGCAAUAUUUUCAUCGAGGAUGGGAUGGUGGCGCUGUCGUACCGGCAGAUUGCUAUUACCAUCAGCCGACAAUUCAUGCAGCCGGCCAGUGCGUUUAUUAGCAAUGUCCAGGACAAGGCCAAGAUUACACAGGCCGUCUUGGAUGCCGACGCCGAGGAGGGUAUGGACGAGGAGCAGUUCCUUGGCCAUAUUACUACUAACAUGCAGGCCAGCCAUCCGUCACGUUUGGCGGGCGCCGUGUAUCUCGAGUAUCGAAUGGGACCGUCGACGACCCCCGACAAAGCCACCAUUGUGUUGGUCACGCCCGAGCCCGCGGUGCAGGAGGAUUUCCAAACUUUUCUCAACCGGUUGCAGCAAACACGACGGGUGGACCGGAUCGUCAUCGACAAAUGCCAUAUAGUGUUGUUGACAGCCACAUUACCACCGCAGCUGGAGGCGCAGUUAUUCCGGCGGAUGGGGUAUACCCAGGCAGAGGUGCACAUGUUCCGUAACCGGACAAGCCGUCCCAACGUGGCAUAUCGCGUGUGGCGACCCGACGUGGGACGCAGCGCGCAGUGGUUCCAUAGUGACCCCGUUAUUACGUUUAUCCGCGAGCGUAUUCGGCGGGCCCCUGGUGGAAAGGUGGUGGUCUAUGGCCACGUGGUGCGCCAUGUGAUUAAGGUGGCGCAGGCGUUGGAAUGUAAAGCAUACCACAAACAACAGGUGGACAAGCCCGGCAUAUUACGGCGAUUUACACAGGGCGAGACGCAGGUUCUUACGGCGACCAGUAUGUUGGGCAUGGCGUGGACAUCCCCGACAUUCGCAGUAUUAUCCACAUUAAAACACCACGGUGGCAAGCCAACAACUCGAGAAGGAAACCACGUCCCGUCCCCAAUCCCAACGCAGUCACGAAUUAUUCCAAUCGCAGAUAUCCACCCACGCAAAGUCCAACCAUGCAUGUCGCGCACGCGAGCCCAUGCCCGAGGAGAAUAUAUCCUGAUCCAGCAAGCAACCACUGCCAUUGCACAUUCCGACUCCCGUUGCACGCACGACGGCCCAUAA